CGGUCUCCGGGUAAGAUGGCAGCGGACGGACAGUGCUCGCUCCCCGCUUCAUGGCGGCCGGUGACCCUCACCCACGUCGAGUAUCCUGCAGGUGAUCUCUCUGGCCACCUCCUUGCCUACCUGAGCCUUAGCCCUAUAUUUGUCAUUGUUGGUUUUGUGACCCUCAUCAUAUUUAAGCGGGAGCUACACACGAUCUCAUUCCUGGGGGGCCUGGCAUUGAACGAGGGAGUCAACUGGCUGAUCAAAAAUAUCAUCCAGGAACCGCGGCCCUGUGGAGGUAGGGCCUGGGCUGAGAGAGCCUUAGGGUCCCCCAGGUCGGGACAUUACUGGAGGGCAACAUCCUCCUGUAAUGCCCUGGUCUUUUCUCUCUCUCCAGGUCCCCACACAGCAGUGGGCACCAAGUACGGGAUGCCCUCCAGCCAUUCCCAGUUUAUGUGGUUCUUCUCCAUCUAUUCCUUCCUUUUCCUCUAUUUAAGAAUGCACCAAACCAACAACGCCAGGUUCCUGGACUUGCUGUGGAGGCAUCUGCUCUCCUUGGGGCUCCUCACUGUGGCCUUUCUAGUCUCCUACAGCAGGGUCUACCUGCUAUAUCACACCUGGAGCCAGGUGCUCUAUGGAGGCAUCGCUGGAAGCUUCAUGGCUGUCGCCUGGUUCAUCUUCACCCAGGAGGUCCUCACCCCGCUGUUCCCCAGGAUAGCAGCCUGGCCUAUCUCUGAGUUCUUCCUAAUCCGAGACACGAGCCUCAUUCCCAAUGUACUCUGGUUUGAGUACACGGUAACCCGGGCAGAAGCCAGAAACAGACAACGCAAGCUGGGGACAAAACUGCAGUGACUGGUGGGUGUGAUCUGGGUCCAGCCUCCAGAUCUGGCCUGCAUGAGGCCUUGCAGGAUGGACAGAGUGACAGACAAGGGAUGAAGCAGAGACCUCUGCAGACCCAAGUCACCAAGUGGAGCCUUUUUUUUCCUUAUUUUAAUUUUAAUGAACAAAGCGGACCAAAGGGCCGAGCCAGUCCCUCAA